AUGUUAACUUCAAUUCAAAGUAAUCCAAAUACAACAGAAUAUAAUGAAUUCAUUAUAGAAUCUAUUCCAUAUAGAACUUUUCAACAGUAUACUAUUCAAUCGAAUGAUUUAAACAAACCAACCUUAAAUCAUCAUCAUCCUCCUCCUCAUCAUCAUCCUCCUCCUCCUCUUCAUCAUCAUCAUCCUCAUACUGAUAUUGAUAAUUGUACAUUAAAAUCUAAUUCAUAUUAUACAAAUCAUUCACUUGAUCUACAAUAUAAUAAUCAAUGUAUAGAUUUACAUAAGACCAUGCAGAAUGGAUAUAAUCGAAUGGAUUUUCAUAAGAAACAAUUAAGUACAAAUACUACAACUACUACUACUAACAAUACUACUCAGAAUACUACUACUAUUACAAAUACUACUAAUAAUAGCAAUAAUAAUGUUUCUAGUUCAUUACGGACACCUAAUUUAAUGACAUCAUCAUCAUCAUCAUCAUCAAUAAUAAAUCGAAUGGAUCCUAAAUUAAUACAACAGAAUCGUAUCCAUUUAGAUCAUCUAAUCUAUCAAAGUAAAUUAUUAUUCAUAUGGAAUCUAUUCAUUACAGUGGUAUUAAUUAGUUUAGGAAUUAGUUUCUAUUAUCAUUAUUAUUAUCAAUUUUAUCAAAGAAUACAAUUCAUUGAAAAUCAAUUAAUCAAUAAAUUGGAAUAUAUUGAUCAAAUCAAUAAUACUGAUCAUUUAGAUCAAAGUUUAUUAUUGAUUUCUGAUGAUGAAAUGAAUAGUGAUCAUAAGAAGAAUUAUUAUCAUAAUGAUAAUAAUAAUGAUCUGUAUUCAGUAAAGAAAUCUCUUUUAUUGAAAAGUAUACAGAGUAAUAGAUUAUGGCCUUCAGUGAAUAUUGAUAUGUUCCGGGAUAUUUGUCGUGGUCUUUCAGUCGAUUGUAAUGAAAUGAAAUUUUAUGAAGGUAAACCUGGACCUCCAGGACCCCCUGGUGAACCAGGGAAACCGGGACCACCAGGACCACAAGGGCCUAUUGGACCACCUGGACCACCAGGUCAACCCGGUACGCCAGGUGAACGAGGACCUCAAGGUGAAAUGGGACCUCAAGGACCACCUGGUCUACGUGGAUUAAUUGGUCUUCAAGGUCCAAAAGGUCCUCCUGGUCCAAUGGGACCACCUGGAAAAGAUUCUCCAUCUCAUACAUGUAAUGUAUUAUGUGAAAAAGAAAGUUAUCGAUAUGGUAAAGAAGAAUCAGCUUGUGAAGUGAAAUGUACAAAUUACAUUAAACGUAAAGAAGAAUCAACUUGACAUAUUCUUCUUUUAUAGGUACCAUAAUCAUUCUAUUCAUUUUUCCAAUACCGAUAUCCAGUUGAAGAUAAUUAAAACAUCA